AGAUGAGGGAGCAGCAGCAAGCGAACCAGCACGAGGACUGAGAGCACCGACUAGAGAGAAACCCUUUUGACUCAGGGUUUCCAUUGAUUCAGUCGGGAACAAGUCUGGGUACUUUUGAAGACCCUGAGCUGGAGUUACACCCUGACUUUGGUUCUUUGCAGGAAUUCAACCAGCUGUCAGUGUCACACAACUAUAUGAUAUGCCAAGAACAAGGCUUAGAAGACUACCUUGUCUUCAGGGUUCCAGGAUUUUGAGGCUCUGGAGGUGGAUGGACAAUUGUUAAAAACAACAAGGAAUUUGUCUAUGGGAAUUCAAACACAACACACCAGUUUUGCUGUCUCUGUCCAGAUAUUUUAGGAGUGGAGCAAGGGAUUCAAUCGACCAUCCUUCCUACUCAGACUGUGGAGAGUGAUUUGCUCAAUCAUCUGACCGACUGGCAUGCCCAUCAUCUUACACAUGGGAGAACCCACUCAGACAGUGGGAUUGGAUUCAGUUGGUCAUCACAACUGAAGGUACAUCAGCAAGUUCACACUGGGGCAAGGCCAUUCACCUGUUCUGUGUGUGAGAAGGGAUUCAGAAGGUCUUCCCACCUGUGGACACACCAGUCAGUUCACACUGGGCAGAGGCUGGUCAGCCGCUGAAGUUAUAGGGAAAGAUUCACUUGGUCAUCUGACCUAAUGGCUCACCAGCGAGUUCACACCAGGGAGCAGCUGUUCACCUGCAUGGACUGUGGGAAGGGAUUCACUUCUUCAUCUCAACUGAAGCUACAUCAGCGAAUUCACACUGGGGAGAAGCCGUUCACCUGCUCAGACUGUGGGAAGACAUUCACUCAGUCAGCCCACCUAAAGAGACACCAGAGUGUUCACACUGGAGAGAAGCCAUUCACCUGCUCAGUCUGUGAGAAGGGAUUCAUUCAAUCAUCUGACCUACAGAUACACCAGACAGUUCACACUGGGGAGAGGCCAUUCACCUGCUCAAUCUGUGGGAAGACAUUCAGUCAGUCAUCCUACCUACAAAGACACCAGCGAGUUCACACCGGGGAGAAGCCUUUCACCUGCUCAGAAUGUGGGAAGGGAUUCUCUCGAUCAUCCAAUCUACAGAGUCACCAGCGAGUUCACACUGGAGAGAGGCCAUUCAGCUGCCCACACUGUGGGAAGGGAUUCUCUCUGGCAUGUCACCUACUGAGACACCAGACAGUUCACACUGGAGAGAGGCCAUUCACCUGCUCAGACUGUGGGAAGGGAUUCAGUCAGUCAUCAAACCUAAUGGCUCACCGACGAAUUCACACUGGGGAGAGGCCGUUCACCUGCUCAGACUGUGGGAAGGGAUUUACUUGCUCAGCCCAACUGAAGAUACACCAGUCAGUUCACACUGGGGAGAGGCCAUUCACCUGCUCAGUCUGUGGGAAAGGAUUCACUUGCUCAUCUCACCGACUGAGACAUCAGUCAGUUCACAAUGCUGAGAGGCAGUUCAGCUGCUCAGAAUGUGGGAAGGGAUUCACUCGGUCAUCUUCCUUAUUGGCACACCAGCGAGUUCACACUGGGGAGAGACCAUUCACCUGCUGUAAAUGUGGGAAGGGAUCCCGCCGAUCAACUCAUGUACAGAGACACCAGCGAGAUCACACUGGGUAGAGGCUGAUCACCUGCUCAGACAUUGGGAAGAAUUUCUCUCAGACAUCUCCGCCAAAUGUGCAUCAUUGAGUUCACACUGUGAAGAGGCCGUUCACCUGCUGUGAAUGUGGGAAGGGAUUCACUCAGUAAUCUAACCUUGUGACACACUGCUGGGUUCACACUGGGGAGAAAGUUUUAGUAAGCUUCAUGCUGGAGAUUUGCCCAUCACCGUUGCGGAAUGCAAUUUCAAGAGUGACUGUCGGUGAUGAGCUCUGCAAUUAUUGAUGCUGCUCCCCACACCCAGUUCUGUACCCUGGUCACUGGGCAUGGCAGGAGUUUCUUCUGCUGCACAUUCACCUUUAAUAGGACUGGAGUUUAAUAUUGUGGGUCUGAGACAAAUAAUUAGUUCUAUUUUAAACUCUGUCUCCAGUACUUAGUGAAUUUAUAACACAGCUAGAGUACAGUAGAGUCAAUUCAGGCUGGUUGAACCCUGCCAGUGAUUCAGUUCUAUGACAGUCCUUUGAAAUCCUCCAAUUUCUGGGGUGAAGAGGAAUGACAUUGGCAGUUAACCCCCUUAUUCAGGGCUCAUUUCCACAUUAUAGGUCAUUUUCCCUGCUUCUAAAGGGUUGUUAGAAAACACCACUGUCCUGUAAAGGCUGAAAGCAGAAUGGGAAACCAUUAGUUCAACCAAGUGGGGUUAGAAACCAGAGGCUGGUCUGCACAGGGCAGAGUUUGGGGCUUUGGAUGAUGGUCGGGUUAAGACCGUAUGAUGAGGAGAAGGGAACCAGCAACGGGGCGGACAACGAAUGACAGAGUAGCAACAUUUGGAAGCUAAUUGACAGAGAUAAUAAUUCAAUUGUCUGACUGAUGACACAAAUAAUGCCUGUGGUGAGGUACUCCAUUGGUUGAGGAACUAGUGUGUUCAGAAUAGUUUUUCCUAUUGAGGGAGUUGUUCCUGCUUGCUUAUCCUGUAAUAUUAUAUCCAUUUGGUUAUUAUGGAUUGUCCUAUCUGCAAUAAUGUAUUGAUUAUCCUAUAGUUUGUAAGAUUUUGACUCUAAAACUGGAUCAGGCCUAAAUUCAUGGUGCUAUAAUGAAGUUAUGGUGGUCAUGAAUGGGUUUGUAUUUUAAAGCAAGAUUUUGGUGAAUGAUAUUUACCACCUGAUUGUACCUUUGUAAGCAAUCAGAUUGAGUUAAACUGCUGAUCCUGGAAUGUGUUGGAUUGUGUCUGGUUUCUCGUGGCAUUUUCUGCAUUUAUUGCAUUGUUUGUUUGUCUUUUAUGUAUUUCCGUUUAUUUUAAAAUGUAAUUCCCCAAGGCACCCCUUUUUCUGGGAAGAGGUCUCCAACUCAGAGUCGGGCGCUCGAUGCUUCCUUGUCACCAUCUGGUCUGCUCAGAUCAUUGGGAUGUCUCCCAUGGAGGGUCAUACUCAUUCCACUGGUUAAUGUUUUCUUCCAUAGUGAUGAUUCAUUUUUCUGAGUUGGCCUUUCAUUUAAGUUUUCUGGUCUGUAUUUCAAAUCAGAUUUGUAUAUACCUGUCUGGUGUG